CUGCACUCACCUUGCACAACAUGUCUGUCAUCACCACACCCGUCACCAAGCUUUUCGGCAUCAAACACCCCAUCUUGUUGGCCGGUAUGAACGUUGCUGCCGGUCCUGAGCUCGCAGCUGCAGUCACGAACGCAGGAGGUUUGGGUGUUAUCGGAGGAGUGGGCUACACGCCGAAUGUCCUCCGGUCCCAGAUUCAUGCCAUUAAGAAUGACCUGCACGAUAAGAACGCACCAUUUGGUGUUGACCUUCUCAUUCCCCAGAUUGGCGGCAGUGCUCGCAAGACAAACUACGAUUACACCAAGGGUCAGCUCCCCGAACUCAUUGACGUUAUCAUCGAAGAAAGGGCGAAGCUCUUUGUCUGUGCUGUUGGCGUUCCUCCGCGGUGGGCUGUUGACAAGCUCCACAAAGCAGGCAUUCUCGUCGCGAACAUGGUUGGCCACCCAAAGCAUAUUCCCAAAGCACUCGAGGCCGGUGUCGAUCUCAUCUGCGCGCAAGCCGGUGAGGGCGGUGGACACACUGGCGACAUUCCCGCAACGGUCCUCAUCCCUGCCUGUGUCGACGUUGUCCGUGGGCACAAAUCCCCACUGACCGGUGGGCCGGUUUAUGUUAUCGGUGCAGGUGCCGUCUACGACGGACGCAGCCUAGCAGCAAAUCUCUCGUGGGGUGCUGAGGCUGUGUGGGUCGGCACGCGCUUCGUCGCGAGCGUGGAAGCGGGCGCGCCCAAAGCGCACAAAGAGGCUGUUCUCAGCGCGGGAUACGAGGACGCGAUAACUACGCUGAUUUAUACCGGCCGGCCGCUCCGCGUGCGGCGCACGCCGUACGUUGAGGACUGGAACAGCAACCGUCAGCAGGAGAUCAAGGAACUCACGAGCAAGGGUAUCCUCCCGCAUGAUCAUGAGCUCGAGAAGCACCCUGAGAAGUCUCUUGAGGGUCGCACGUUCCUUAUCGGACGGGUCUCUGCGCUCAUUGAUGAAGUCCUUCCCGCCAAGACUAUCGUCGAGAACAUGGUCAACGACGCAGCGAGAAUCAUUCAGUCGAAUGCGGCGAAGGCAAAGGUGCAAGCUAAGCUGUAGGUAACAUGAACCUAAUUUACGCAUGUUGAAAUCUACACAUGAAGAAUCGGAUGUUUUAUUGCAUUAAUGUUCGUUUGGUAGCUUGACACUGUAUACCUAAGUCUGAUACAUAUCUCGACUAUACCCUUUGA